ACCCCGUCCUUGACUGCCCACUCCCCGUGCUUGAAUUUCUCGGCAGCACUCCAUCGUCAUAGCACUUGGCGAUGAGCAUCUUCAGACGAUCUUCGUCGGAGAGUGGAAGAGCUGCAUGUCCCAGCGGCGAGCGACCUCUGUUAGGUUGAUGACGCUUUGGAUGACAUUGGGACCCUUGUCCUUGAGAAACCACGACUCUUACUUCUUGAGGCUUGAGGAUCUCACGUUGUUAUCGCGGCCUGAAGAGUGGAAGAGCUGCAUGUCCUGGCGGCGAGCGACCUCUGUUAGAUUGAUGACGCUCUGGAUGACAUUGGGACACUUGUCCUUGAGAAGCCAUGACUCUUACUUCUUGAGGCUUGAGGAUCUCACGUUGUUAUCACCGCCUGAAGAGUGGAAGAGCUGCAUGUCCCGGCGGCGAGCGACCUCUGUUAGGUUGAUGAUGCUCUGGAUGACAUUGGGACCCUUGUCCUUGAGAAGCCAUGACUCUUACUUCUUGAGGCUCGACGAUCUCACACGUUGUUAUGGCUUUAUACGUCAGUGGAUGAAACGUGGCGCCGCGAUUUCGUAUCUGCACGGCAGCGGAUCACAUGCACAUGCUCCCGCCACGUCACAGGAAUUGACGGCUCGGCGGGAGGCGUCCGAGCGGUGGUCGCGCGGGCGCGGCGGGGGAAUGACAUCGAUUUGCUCGCGGACAUGCUUCGGCUGCUGCUGCUUCACGCCUAGCCGUGACUGGCGGAACUUCAAAUUUUGCCGAUUCCAAGACGGCGGUGCAAAUGCCGCCACGUACGCGCCAAUGGCUGCUGCUGCGGCUAACGGUACUUUUUCCCGCCGUUUUUUCUCCACACGCCGUCACCAUCACGUUUUUCAAGCAAAUGGCGUGCCAUUUGCAGGUUGCCGGCUUUUACCUUCGCCUGCUUCUUUUGCUCGUGGCGUCAACAACAAGUCUCUUCGACCAUCCCGAGUUGACGAUGACAAUACGUGCACCAAGUGCCUCGUUCCACUGCGAGCCACCAAACGUAAAAACGCCGAAAAUGGCGAAUGCAUCUGGCCAGGUUCUGCUGCACUAUACGUUCGUCAUACUUGCAUUUGGCGAGCGGUGGAUCGAGGGCAUAAAUUGCCCGUCGCCGCUGCCGCCGCCGCUGCAAGUGGCGCUCUUGUAGCCCGUCGCGAUCCUGGCGAUGACGACAAAGUAUGCUUCGCAGCGGUCCUCUCCUCCUCUCCUUGGACAACGCCGCCGCUCCGCCGAUCUGCGCGCGAAGCAGGCGCUUUGGAGAAAACUAGAUCACCUCGAAGCCAGCCAUGGCGGAAGUCAUCUCGCUUAUCGCCUCUGCCAUACUCGCGUGCCGAGUCUACCCCUCACAGCUGGCUGGUUGACGGAAGAUCGAACUCGGAACCAGAGAAAGUGUGUGGUCAUCGACGCGGCCAUACCAAAAGUCGUUCUGCGCCGUUGGAUUUGGUAUUGCUCCGGUCCUGGCCGUCGAGCGGGAGGGCUGAGAGGAGCGAUGGACGAGGACGGGACCCCGGAGGAAGAAGACGAAGAUGGACUAGCCGUUCCCGCGGCGCAGCUGCAUGGGAAAGCGGCGAAACCGCGGGCAACAUGAGCGACCCUGGAAAUACGCCGGAAGAAAUGGAGCAGGAAGAGGAGGAAGAGGGGAAGGAGGCGGGGGAGGUGGGGAAGAUUGUGAACAUUCUUGCUUCGAUUGCCGACAGCCUGGCCGAGGUGAAGGAGACGAUGCGAUCGAUGUCCAGCUCAUUAAAAGUAAUAGCAGACGCUGCUGCCGUUUUGUCGGCGAGUAGUAGUACUGACAGUGUUGACGUCAACACUGAUCCAAUGGCGACGGAUCCGCGCAUCGUGGGAGUGGAGCUUCGAUCCGACGACUUGCGUGGCAACAUGGAUGAUGUGAGCGGACAGUGGAGGGCUACUGCUCCUUACGAUGGCUAUUUACAAGGAGAAGAUAUUCUGUCCGGCGAAAUUUAUGGCUCAGGUGGGUUUCCCUCCUCCCCUUUCUCUUCAUCCUCCAGCUACUCGUCCUCGGCCUCCUCUCAAGGCAUUAUGCGAAACGGGGAGGAAGGGAGCGAUCAGGCAAACUCGGGCCCGGAAGAGGCUCAGCUCAGCGACAGGGAUGGAAUGGAUCGGAAUCGUUGCUCGAGUGAGUUUGAGCAGUCCGAUGCCAAGGCCAUCGAACAGAGCGCCAUCGCCAGCCAGCUGGCCCUGCGGUUGCAGCAAGCUUUCUUCCAAGCACGGAUCGAAGGGCUCGGAAAACCAUUUCAGGCAUGGUGGCCACAGUUGGGCCGUGAGCUGUUCAGAUCGGAUGCCAGGAACCGGUGCGACUCUAAACCAAGCCUCAACCCUAAACCAAGCCGAAACCCCGCCAGUGGGACCUAGUCCCGGGCCCAACCUCCCAUAUCAUGAUUUACAAUGAAUACAAGCGCAUGAA